UUCAUGUCAAGCCGUGUGCCUCAAGAAAGCAGGGAUGAAGCUGCAAUUUUUCAUCGUGAGCGUUUUGGUCCUAACCAAUCAACAAGGAGGAGGAAAACAGCUGCUGACAACAGUGGGAUUUGAUGAAGCUUACUUCAAUUCCCUUCACAACUCCACAUUUUCUGUGUAUGAGGAUGACUCAUCUGCUCCUUGCAAUAUGGAUGUGCCUGGAUUUAAUAGCUUGGGCCUCAUGGUCACCUUCAUCAUAGUGUGUGUCUUCAGCAUGAUCGGCAACAGUGUAGUUGUCUAUGUGGUUUGUUAUAUGAAGAAAGGUAGAGCCAGCACAGAUAUCUACUUGAUGCACCUGGCGAUGGCAGACCUCCUCUUCACUAUUACCCUCCCGUUCUGGGCCGUCGAUGCUCAUUUAGGUUGGAUUUUUGGCAACUUCCUGUGCAAAGUCCUGUCAGGCUUUCAGGAGGCAGCAGUGUACAGCGGCGUCUUCCUGCUGGCAUGCAUCAGCGUGGACCGACACUUUGCCAUUGUGAGAGCUACACGUGUCCUGUCCUCCAAUCACUUGUUGGUGAAAGUGGUGUGCAGCGUGGUGUGGCUUGUGGCUGGGCUGCUGUCCUUACCCGUGGCCAUUCAGAAGCAGAGCAUGAACGCUGCCGACCUGGGUCAGACCAUUUGCUACGAAAACCUAACUGGGGAAAGCAGUGACCACUGGCGCGUUAGCCUGCGCGUUCUCCGUCACACGAUGGGCUUUUUCCUGCCACUGGUAGUGAUGGCUGUGUGCUACGGCUGGACGUUGGUGACGCUGCUACACACACGUAAUCAACAAAAGCAAAAGGCCAUACGCGUCAUCCUGGCAGUGGUGUUGGCAUUUGUUCUGUGCUGGCUGCCUUAUAACAUAACUGUUCUGAUUGACACACUCAUACGAGGCGGAUCGAUUGAAGUGCAGACAUGCGAAACGGUGUACAGAGUGCACGUGACGCUAAAUGUGACCCAAGUGUUGGCCUUCAUGCACUGUGCUGUGAACCCAGUGCUGUACGCCUUCAUCGGGCAGAAGUUCCGUAACCAGCUGCUCUUGGCGCUUUACAAGCACGGCCUCAUCAGCAAAAGGAUCCGGAUGGCUUACAGGAAGGGCUCUCUCAACAGUAUAGGGAGCACCAGAUCUAGAAACACCUCUGCCACUAUGUAAAUAGGUUAUUUUCAUUUGCUUUUUCGAUUGAAAAAAUGUCGAGGAUUACAGACCCGACAACAAAGAGGUGAAAUUUGCUGAAAUAGUACAUGUACAAUAUAAAGAAGAGAAAUACCAGAGAAACUAAUAUAUAUAGGAGCAUCAUUAUUCAAAAUCAAAAUCAAGCUCUGUUUUUAUUACUCAAUCUGAAUUUAAAGGAAUAUUCUACCAUUUCUCCUUGUUUGAAGCUAACAGGAUGCUGGCUCCAGCCUUAUACUGAACGGACUGAUAUGAGAGUACUGAAUUUCUCAAAUAACUCAAUAAUUAACUGAAUAGUCUCAUUUCCCAAAAAUGCCACCUGUUCCUUUAAAUGAUGUAAUUAACCAUUGUACAACAUUGUACAGUGCACAGUACCAUCCUCUGUUUAACUGCCAGAACAAAUAGCGUCAGGGAUGUACUGCAGGCCUUGCAUGGUUCAUGGCAAGUAUUAAAGGUAAACUUGAUAGCUGCUUCAAAGCUUCAGCUGGAUGUCUGAUUUAGGAUCCUGUCACAACCCAGAUGGGUAUCCUAUAGCUUAGGCUGAGCUAUAGGCUUUUUGCCAUUUUAUUUUUUUUAAUAUAUUCUUGCCUCAAUGUCUUUUAAGUGAUUUAAUGUUGUUUGAAGUGACUGAGUGCAACAUAUUUCCAGAGAACGAAAAACUGGGUGCUCAGAGUCAAAAAUAUAAAUCAGUUGUCGAAGGAGGAAAACAUGGCACGCCAUCAAAGUAGUUAGUGAGAAAGCUGCACAGCCAAUGACUUCUUUGAUAGAGUGCCACGUUGUAUCUACUUUGAAAACUGGUCAAUUAUUGAGAUUUUAUUGUUGUUUAUGUAGAUACUACACAGCUUGUGUGGAUUUUCAUGAAAACAAAGCCAUUGAAGUCUUUUAAUUAUGUAUUUUCCUUGUGUUUUUGAUUCCAAGACCUUGUGGACUUGAGCGGAGGACAAGCUUUUUAUUUUUUGCACUGUGCAUCGUUUUAACAUCGUGAACUUAGAUUUUUGACUUGGUUUUUGGAAGGUUUACACCAGACAGUUAAAACCAAAAAGUCUUUUUCGUGGAAAUGUGUAUCUUAAUCUUUCAAAGAGGAAGAAUGUGGUGAAAUGAGCUGUUUUCAAAAAUGAGAUGCUAUCUGUCUCUGAUGACUGAUUUUUAUGUAGGCACAAAACUGCUGGUGCAUUAAACAUAACAUUGUUCUUUGUAAUUAAUGCUAUACUCUUAAAAUGUCGUAUUUGUGCAGUUGACACCCGGCUCUGAUGCAUGAGAUACACUGCUUCUGUUUACUUAAAUGUGGACCUUGAUUGCCUAUAAUAUUUGCUUAAGUGCAGUUGCCACAUGUGGAUAUGGUGUGUGUGUGUACCUGUGCGUACCUGCAUAGGGGGCUCUGUGGGUGGUGAGGGGUGACUGUGCUGCAGCCAUGGUGGCAAAACAAAAUAACAUGUGAGGGGAUGUUUUUACAUUGUCUGAUAAUUGUAUUGUUCUAUUGUUCUCUUUUUUUUCUUCAAAGCUCAUUUGAAAAAGCCUGAUAGAGCCUGAUAACUCAGCAUACACAAUAUAUUCACAGUUAUUUUAUUUUCAAGAUACAGUAUAUAAUAUGUAUAUGUAAGUGCAUUGUGUACUUUGAAAUUCACAUUUUUCCAAUAUGCAAUAUGAAGAAAAUGUUAAAUGGUGCAAAAAUGAUUUGAAAAGCAGAUGAAGUGUAAUUUGUGAAUAGUUGAUGACAUAAGGUUUACUGAAGGUCCUCUCCUGUAGCAUCCUUACUAUUUUACUUUUUUUUUUACGUUUGCUUUCUGUAUUGCACAGCUACAUGGUUCAACACUCCAUCUUUCCUUAGUUAUUCACCUCAAACACAGCUAAUGUUGCUUUCUAGAUAUGUCUGCAGUGUUUUUAUUUUGGAUUGAUGUAGCUUAUACUUGUGUUAAAAUAAAUCCUAAA